AUGGUGGACACCCUCUCCUUCUCCCCUCCAUCCUCGAGCCCCGGGAUCGAGAUGGACGACCACGGCUCAACAUCAAGAGGCCAAUCAAGGCAGAGGCUGCUUCAGCACUCCUCAGAGCCUCCUCGAGGAUGGCUCGGCGGCGUCGCCAGACACACGCUGGGGUUGAUGCUGCUGCUGUGCGUUGUCUUUCUUUGGACCAUGUGCAAUUUUCUGGGUAGUAGCAUAUUCGCCGACAGCACCUAUGCCAAACCCUUCUUCCUCACGUAUCUCAACACCUCGACGUUCAUGCUGGCCAUGAUCCCCAACCUUCUGCAGGCUGCAUACAGGAGACACCGCGAUCGAGGGGACUUGUACGACACCAUUCGCUCCAACGUGUUACGCUCAAUCAAAGUCAGCAAGGAAGGCUACAGACCGGUACCGGACAAUGACACUCCCCAAGAAGACCUGCAGGGAGAAGAAGACAUCGAGUCCGAAGUGGCCACACAGAAGCGACGAAGUGGUGAUAGCUCUACAGUGGGCGACCGCGACCCCGACUUCGGGUCACACGACGGGGCAGAAGAAGGCAAAACCCUGGGCAUCAUCCCGACAGCGCGCCUCUCAUUCACAUUCUGCAUGCUCUGGUUCGGCGCCAACUACUUCGCCAUGUCGUGCCUGCAGUACACGACCGUGGCAUCCACCACGAUCCUCACAUCCACAUCAAGCUUCUGGACGCUCCUGAUCGGCGCGCUCACGCACACCGAGAAAUUCACGUGGCGCAAACUGUUUGGCGUGUUGAUGAGCUUCGCGGGCAUCCUGCUCAUCAGCAAGGUCGAUCUGUCGGCAAGGACGACGGACGGAGAAGAUGCGACGGUGAGGCUGAUUAAGCGAGAAGACACCUUCCCCGACAAACCAGCGGCGGAACUCGCGCUGGGCGAUGCCCUGGCCUUGCUCUCGGCCAUCCUCUACGGCGUCUACACCGUCAUGCUGAAAAAGGCCACGGUGACGGCCCUGCCGCGAUCGAUCAACAUGCCCUUGUUCUUCGGGUUUGUCGGCACUUUCAACUUCGUCUUUCUGUCGCCUCUUUUCCCCAUCCUGCAUUUCACGGGGCUGGAACCGUUCGCGCUGCCGCCCACGCGGCGCAUCUGGACCGUCUUGAUCAUCAACAGCAUGGCCAGCUUUGCGUCGGAUAUCUGUUGGGCAUACGCGAUGGUGUUGACAUCUCCGUUGUUGGUCACGGUCGGGUUGAGUCUGACGAUCCCGCUGUCUCUGGUUGGCGAGAUGCUGUUGCAGGGGCAUUAUGAGGGGUGGGUUUAUUGGGUUGGGGCGGGGAUCGUGGUCGGGAGUUUCUUGUUCAUCGACCAGGAGGAGAAGAGGGAGGAGGAAGGCGAAAGCGAAGAGCAAUGGCACGAACGACCGGUCGAGAGAGAAGGGGAGGUUGAUAUCGGAGGGCGGCGCUCUACGUCGUCGCUUGGCUAUGGAGCCGGGGGGACCACGACCACGCAUUCAUCCUAG